AUGGAUUUAAGAUCUCAACUCAAAUUCUAUAAACAUUACCACUGCAAUGCUACUAAUGUUCUAAUUCACUCAAUUUUUGUUCCAAUAAUUUUGUAUACUAGUUUAGCAAUUCUUUCUGAUAUAAAGAUAUAUCAAUUAAAUGUUAACAUCUGGGUAUCACUAAUAUACAGCUGCUUCUAUAUCUACCUAUGUGUUCCAACUGGUAUAUUCUUUGUCAUACUAUUUUUUUUUUAUGAAUAA